GAAAAUGAGGUUAGCAAUGCCUCCGCACAACAAAAAAAGGAGGUUAGCAACGCCUCCGCACGGGUAAAAAGUUCUGGUGCUAAGAAGACCGUAGCUAGGAAAAAAACUACCACCAAGUAUAGGUCGUGCCUCAGGACAUUUCUAGAGAUGACCGAUAUACCGACCGGAGGUGUUCGGACCCUACAUAUGGAGGUAGGGAUUUUCGGCUUUGAUUACGACCAAAUGAUUGGUAAUGAAGACUUCAUGCAAGUUUUUAGUCAUGAAGAAAUCGGCGUCAACGUUGUCAAUACAUAUAUUAGGUUUUUGUAUGACAAAUUGAUGCGCCCCAAUGGUUUGGACGUGUCAUUCGGAUUCUUAGCACCCGCGACCGUCAACUUAGUUUUAAUCUUAAAUAGACCGGAUACCGUGACGGAGUACGUUCUUCGGAUCCUCAUGGACAAUAAAGAUGCGGAGAAGUUGUUUUUUAUACCGUUUAAUACCGGUGGACAUUGGUUGUUGCUCGCAAUCAAUCCUAUCCGAGAAAUUGUGUAUUAUCUUGACUCGUUAGGAAAUGAUUGGACAACAUACCCGGAUAUGAAGGUCCUAAUUGACACCGUCCUACAAGCUUUUCGGGCCCAACGAGUUAUCCAAACCUCAAGGAGGGUCGAUGGCUACAUUCACCCAAUAAAUGUUGAAGGAAACAAAGUAGUAAGAAGUGCUAUGACAAAUCAACAAAAGAAGGAUUUCAAGAAUCAUCAUAAGGCUAAAACGAUAUUGCUUAAUGAUAUCUCUUAUAUUGAGUAUGAGAAUAUAACAAAUAAAAACUUUGUUAAGUCUAUCUUUGAUUCUUUGAGAAUAACUCAUGAAGGGAAUGCUCAAGUUAAGGAGACAAAGGCUUUGGUCUUAAUCCAGAAAUAUGAGGCAUUCAGAAUGGAAGACGAUGAAACCAUUGAGACUAUGUUCUCAAGAUUUCAGAUGCUUGUCGCAAGACUCAGGUUUUUAGACAAAUGGUAUUCUACGACUGACCAUGUCAAGAAAAUUAUCAGAAGUAUCCCCAAAAAAUGGAGACCUAAGGUAAAUUCCUUGAAGUUGGAAAAGGACUUGAACAUUAUUUAG